AUGUGUGUUGAUUAUCGUGAUUUGAAUAAGGCAAGUCCAAAAGAUGAUUUUCCUUUGCCUAACAUCCAUAUUUUAUUGGAUAAUUAUGCUAAACAUGAGGUUGCAUCUUUUAUGGAUUGUUAUGCGGGCUACCAUCAGAUUAUUAUGAAUGAUGAAGAUGCAGAAAAAACAUCUUUUAUCACUCCAUGGGGUACAUAUUGUUAUCGUGUUAUGCCUUUUGGAUUAAAAAAUGCAGGGGCAACUUAUAUGAGAGCAAUGACAACCAUGUUUCACGAUAUGAUGCAUAGAGAAAUCGAAGUUUAUGUGGAUGAUGUUAUCAUUAAAUCUAAAAAACAGUCAGAUCAUGUGAAAGACUUAAGGAGAUUCUUCAAAAGGUUCCGCAGGUACAAUCUAAAGCUUAAUCCUGCAAAAUGUGUAUUUGGAGUACCAUCGGGGAAGCUUUUAGGGUUUAUAGUCAGUCGAAGAGGUAUCGAGUUGGAUCCUUCAAAAAUAAAAGCAAUUCAAGAAUUGCCACCUCCAAAGAACAUAACUGAGGUUAUGAGCCUUCUAGGAAGGUUAAACUACAUCAGCAGAUUCAUUGCUCAACUCACAACAACUUGUGAGCCUAUCUUUAAGUUGUUGAAAAAGAAUGCCACAGUCAAGUGGACCGAAGAAUGUCAAGAAUCUUUUGAAAGAAUUAAGAAUUACCUGUCGAAUCCCCCUGUGUUGGUUCCUCCCGAGCCGGGAAGACCUUUGAUAUUGUAUAUGUCAGUACUUGAUAGUUCUUUUGGUUGCAUACUGGGUCAGCAUGAUGAAACUGGGAAGAAAGAGCGGGCCAUUUAUUACCUCAGCAAGAAAUUUACCGUUUACGAAGCAAAGUAUACCCUUCUUGAAAGAACGUGUUGUGCCCUAACUUGGGUAGCACAGAAGUUGAAACAUUAUCUUUCGUCUUACACUACUUAUCUCAUCUCUCGUAUGGAUCCGUUGAAAUAUAUUUUUCAAAAGCCCAUGCCCAUAGGCAGGCUUGCGAAAUGGCAAAUGUUGCUCACAGAGUUUGACAUUAUCUAUAUAACGCGGACCGCAAUGAAAGCUCAAGCAUUGGCAGAUCAUUUGGCAGAGAACCCUAUUGAUGAAGAAUAUGAACCGCUUAAAACCUAUUUUCCAGAUGAAGAGAUAUCUUGUAUCGAUGAAUUUAUUCACGAUAACGAUCAAGGUUGGAAGUUAUUCUUUGAUGGUGCCUCUAACAGGAAAGGAGUUGGAAUAGGAGCUGUUCUUAUGUCUGAAUCAGGGGAAUAUUACCCUAUAUCAGCCCAACUUAGAUUCUAUUGUACUAAUAAUAUGUCUGAGUACGAAGCGUGCAUUUUGGGUCUGAGGUUAGCUGUUGACAUGGGCAUCCAAGAAUUGUUAGUGUUAGGAGACUCAGACUUACUAGUUCAUCAAAUUCAAGGAGAAUGGGAAGCUCGAGACCCAAAGCUGAUACCAUAUCAACAUUGUUUACAAGGUCUUUGUCAACGAUUCGUGUCGAUAAAGUUUAGACACAUUCCCAGAAUGCACAAUGAGAUUGCAAAUGCAUUGGCCACUUUGUCUUCGAUGCUCCAACACCCUGAUGACGCCCAUAUCAACCCUUUAUACGUACAAAUUCGUGAUCAACAUGCCUAUUGCAACAUGAUUGAGGAGGAAUUUGAUGGUAAGCCUUGGUUUCAUGAUAUCAAAACUUAUCUUCAGUCUGGAGAAUGUCCGUCAGAUGUAACUAGUAAUCAAAGAAGGACUAUUCGACGACUAGCAAGAGAUUUUUUCUUAAGCGGAGGCAUACUGUACAAGAAGACACCCGAUUUAGGUCUUCUAAGGUGUGUAAAUGCUCAAGAGGCUUCCACAAUCAUGAUUGAAGUACACUCAAGAGUUUGUGGACCUCAUAUGAAUGAAUAUGUUCUAGCCAAGAAAAUACUUCGAGCAGGAUAUUAUUGGCUCACCAUGGAGCGGGAUUCCAUACGAUUUGUUCGUAAAUGUAAUGAAUGUCAAAUACAUGGUGAUUUAAUACAUUCUCCCCCUUCUGAGUUGCAUGCAAUGUCGGCUCCAUGGCCUUUCGUGGCAUGGGGAAUGGAUGUGAUUGGAUCGAUAGAACCAAAAGAAUCGAAUGGUCACAGGUUCAUCUUGGUGGCCAUUGAUUAUUUUACAAAGUGGGUGGAAGUAGUAACUUUCAAAUCAGUGACCAAGAAGGUCGUGGUGGAUUUCAUCCAUUUCAACAUCAUUUGUCGUUUUGGUAUUCCAAAGGUGAUUAUAAUUGACAAUGCUGCAAAUCUCAACAACCACUUAAUGCAAGAGGUAUGCUACCGAUUUAAGAUUGAGCAUCGAAAUUCGACUCCGUAUCGCCCAAAGGCAAACGGGGCUGUAGAAGCUGCAAACAAAAAUAUAAAAAAGAUACUUCGUAAGAUGGUGCAAAGUUCUCGACAAUGGCAUGAAAAGUUGCCUUUUGCUUUGUUGGAUUAUCGCACUACAGUCCGUAUGUCAGUGGGCGCUACCCCAUAUUCACUGGUAUACGGGACUGAAGCAGUUAUACCUGCAGAGAUUGAGAUCCCAUCUUUACGAAUCCUUGUGGAGGCUGAAAUUGAUGAUGAUGAAUGGACCAAAACUCGGUUAGAGCAAUUAAGUUUGAUUGAUGAGAAGCGUCUGACAUCAGUAUGUCAUGGACAAUUAUAUCAAAAAAGAAUGGCAUGGGCAUACAACAAAAAGGUGCGUCCCAGACAUUUUGAAGAGGGUCAAUUAGUGUUGAGACGCAUUUUGCCACAUCAUGCUGAAACCAAAGUCAAAUUUUCUCCAAAUUGGAGAGGACCAUUCGUUGUUAAAAGGGUAUUACCCAAUGGUGCUCUUUACUUAGCAGAUAUAGAAGGCAAAGUGACAGAAACGGUCAUCAAUGCUGAUGCUGUGAAAACAUAUUACAUAUGA